AUGCACUCCCUCUGGUCACCCCUCUGGCCCCAGUUGGGCUCUCUCUGUCUCUUGCUCGCUGGGGUCACCUGGGCGCCCCUACCCAAUAUACAAGAUCCCAAGUUUGAACGCAAAGUGGCCCUGUUGGGGGCCCGCGGACGCGACGAGCUGUUGUGUUUCACGGAGAGGCUGGAGGAUCUGGUGUGUUUCUGGGAGGAAGCGGCCAGCGCUGGCGUAGGCCCUGACAACUACAGCUUCACCUACCAGCUCGAAGGGGAGCCAUGGAAAUUGUGCCGCUUGCACCAGGCGCUCACGGCCAGCGGCGCCGUGCGCUUCUGGUGUUCGCUGCCUACGGCCGACACGUCCAGCUUCGUGCCCCUGAAGCUGCGCGUCACUGCAGCCCCCUCUGGCACCCUGCGCUACCACCGCGUCAUCCACGUCAACGAAGUGGUGUUCCUGGACCCUCCCGCAGGGCUGCUGGCCCGACAGGUCGAGGAAGGUGGCCACGUGGUGCUGCGCUGGCUCCCCCCGCCUGGGGCACCCAUGACGAGCCACAUCCGCUAUGAGGUGGACGUCUCGGCCGGCAACGGCGCGGGGGGCGCGCAGAAGGUGGAAAUCCUUCAGGGCCGCACCGAGUGCGUGCUGAGCAACCUGCGCGGCCGGACGCGGUACACCUUCGCGGUGCGCGCGCGGAUGGCGGAGCCGAGCUUCGGUGGCUAUUGGAGCGCCUGGUCGGAGCCUGCGUCGCUACUGACCGCAAGUGACCUGGAUCCCCUUAUCCUGACGCUCUCUGUCAUCCUCGUGCUCAUCCUGCUGCUGUUGGCUGUGCUCGCCUUGCUCUCCCACCGCCGGACUCUGAAGCAGAAGUUCUGGCCAGGGAUCCCGAGUCCCGAGAGUGAGUUUGAGGGCCUCUUCACCACUCACAAGGGUAACUUCCAGCUGUGGCUGUACCAGAACGAUGACUGUCUGUGGUGGAGCCCCUGCACCCCCUUCGUAGAGGACCCGCCUUCACCCUUGGAAGUCCUCUCUGAGCGCUGCUGGGUGGCCAUGCAGGCCGUAGAGCCAGGCGCAGAGGACAAAGGGCCCCUGCUGGAGCCAGUUGGCAGCGAGCAGGCCAGGGACACCUACCUAGUGCUGGACAAGUGGCUGCUGCCCCAGAGCCCGCCCAGUGAGGACCUCCCAGAGCCUGGUGACAGUGUGGACAUGACAGCCAAGGAUGAGGACUCAGAAGCUUCCUCCUGCUCAUCCACCACAGCCCUGAAGCCCAGGCCAGAGGGGGCAUCGCCUGCCAGCUUCGAGUACACCAUCCUGGACCCCAACUCUCAGCUCUUGCGCCCGCGAGCACCGCCCCUUGCUCUACCCCCGACCCCACCCCACCUUAAGUACCUGUACCUAGUGGUGUCUGACUCAGGUAUCUCAACUGACUACAGUUCUGGGGACUCUCAGGGAACCCCAGGGGCUCCAUCUGACAGCCCCUACUCCAAUUCCUAUGAGAACAGUCUCGGGCCAGUGCCUGAGCCUUCAUCCCCCAGCUAUGUGGCCUGCUCCUAG